GAUCCCGAAGAUUUUGCGGAGCUUCUCGUAGCCAACUACGCAGCUGGGAAAAGCAGCGCCGCCAGCGUUCAAGUGACGGCAGAUCGGGCUGUUAAGUGGUCCGCGUCUAUUGGGGGCAAAGUCGCUGGAAAAGAUUUGGUUUGGAAGUUUUCCAAGCUGGCCGCAUCUGGAAAGCACCCUCAGAAUUCUGAAAGGGACCUUCAAGCUGCAGUGAGGAAAUUCGGCUUAAAGAUGAAUGUCAAGAUCGAAGAAGCCCCUGUUCGACUGUACAACCCUUCAACCGAGACCAUCUAUGAAGCGAAACUUCCUAUGAUUUGCCCGGUGUCAUUCGCCACUGCCAUUUGGCGUGAAGGGCCAGAUCUCUUCGAAUCCAUCUUUAUGGGCGCCGAAGGCAAAGCUGGGGCACAACGCUUUUGGACUAAUGCUCGGGAGAAUGCUUCGUGGUUCAAAGCUGCUGCCAUUCCCGAAUCUUCAUAUCCGGGCCUCCUGCCUAUCUACCUUUAUGGAGAUGAUGUCGACGCCUACAGGAAUUCGGAGUCCGGAGCUGUAUCUGCCAUUGGCUGGGGCUGUGACUUCGGCUACAAGAAUGAAGCAAUGCUGCAAACCUUGCUAUUGUGUGUUUAUGCUGAGUAUACUGCGUGUGAACACACUCACGACGACAUCAUGCUGUAUGCCUGCGAGAAAUUCAAGCAGAUGGCUGACCCGCACAUCAACCAUCCUUGGCACUUUGGCGGCUUCAAGUUCAUGCUCUGCAGCUGCAGAGGCGAUCUCAAAUGGAUUAACGCCAUCAAUGGCAAGCGCGUGUCAUUUUGGCUUGCAGACAUUUGCGUGCAAAGGCUACAACGAAAGGAUGCGACAAAUCUGGAUGAACUCAUUUCCACAUGUAUGUGGAGCUAUUGCGCUAUGCUGCGAGAAUUCGACGUAUGCGGAAUGGUUCUGACGACUGAGCAGGCUGCUUUGCUCCAUAAGUAUGGAAGCUUGCAUCUCUUGAGUUACGCGUACCUACGGAAACUGAGUUCCCAAACUGUUCGCAAACAGUUUCUUCGCUCGUCCUUCUGUAUAAUACCAAAGCACCAUUUCCUUCAACACGCUUUGGACGAGUCCAUGGACUCUCUCAUCAAUCCGGGUGUCUACAACCUGCUGGCCGCCGAGAGCUGGGUGGGAUCGAUCGGAAGGAUUUCGCGGAAGGUUCAUCGCCUCAAAGUGUCUACACGCACCAUCGAAAGAUACUUGUGCGUGGUGCGGCUGCAUCUCACCAGACAGAAGAAUCGGUUGCGGCGGCAGGUGUGA